AUCAGCUGUGUCAAAAAGGUCUUGGAGGAGCUAAAACUUCGUGUCGUAGAAGUUACAGAUGAGGGAGCUACCCUGGAUGGAAGUGAUGUGCUCUUUACAGGUAGAGAGUUCUUUGUGGGUAUUUCCAAAUGGACCAAUCACAGAGGAGCAGAGAUGGUAGCUGAUGCUUUUAGAGAUUUUGCUGUGUCUACUGUUCCUGUCUCCGGCACGUUGCAUCUCCGCAGCUUCUGCAGCAUGGCUGGACCUGACACCGUUGUCAUUGGCAGCAGUGAAGUGGCUAAGAAAGCCAUGAAGACCAUGGAGCAAUUAACUGAUCACCACUAUGAAACCCUGACAGUUCCUGAUGAUCCAGCGGCUAAUUGCAUCUAUACUCGUCUGGGCCAGAAGAGUAGUGUUCUUUUGCAUCGCAGCGCAGAAGAAUACCCAAACAGUGUGCAACCAUUUCAGAAGCUUCCAGAUUACACCCUGAUUCCUUCGGCAUGCACUGAAGUAGCCAAACUUGGUGGGACUCUUAGUUCCUGCUCUCUUCUCAUCAACAAGAAGCUGGAGAUCUAGCACCUACGGAUUCACAGAAAAAUACAGGUUCCCCCAGUUCCUGGAGUCCUUUCCUUGUUUUGU